AUGUCGUUAAUAAAAGAACCACCGCCUGGUAUGACGGUGGAUUCUAGUGCAGCUAGUCAAAAUUUAAUGCAGUGGAUAAUUCAAAUGGACGGAGCACCGGGAACAUUGUACGAGGGGGAAAAAUUUGAACUCCUAUUUAAAUUUAGUACUAAAUAUCCAUUUGACAGUCCCGAAGUGACGUUUCAGGGCCCAAAUAUUCCGGUUCAUCCUCACGUGUAUAGUAACGGUCACAUAUGUUUAAGCAUACUCACAGAAGACUGGUCUCCGGCUUUGUCAGUGCAAUCCGUGUGUCUUAGCAUAAUAUCCAUGCUUAGCAGUUGUAAGGAAAAGAAAAGACCAUCUGAUAAUUCGUUUUACGUCAAAACAUGUAAUAAAAAUCCGAAAAAGACAAAAUGGUGGUACCACGGUGAGUUUUCCCAUUUAUUAUUAUUAUUAUUAUUAUUAUUAUUAAUUGUUUUUCUUAACCUUCUUGAUCGUUGA